GCCAUUGGAAGUUUUGAGUUGGCAACGCUGGCCAGCCACACUGGCACUCAGUACGAGGGAACUCAAGCCGAGCCGCGUCGAGGUGUGCACCCUGUGGCCCCAGGCUCCCCAGGCACCGCCGACCACCCCAGUGCCAGAAAUCCACAAAACCCCAGUCAGUGAUCACCAUGUUUCAGUUCAACUUUAAUGUGAAUAGUGAAGCUGAGACUGAUCCUCAGACUUUGGGAGGUGAGCACGGAGAGACUGUGCAGGUGUGGCUUCCAGCUCAAAAACAUGAGAUCACUCACUCUCAUUUGCUUGAUCCAUCUGAUGUCAUAGCGGAAAUUACUCUUUGUAAAACAAAAAUGAAGUAUCUGACCAUGAGUUCAGCACUUAAGAAGCUGCAAGAGAAAGAGACAGCAUGCAACUUGUCCACAGUUUUAGACAAACACUCUGAUCUUGUACCUGCUGUCUAUGAAGGGGGCCUUACAAUAUGGGAGUGCACCUGGGAUCUUCUAAAUCAUUUAGCAGACAUGGACAUAAUUUUUAAAAAUAAAAGAGUGCUAGAGAUAGGCUGUGGGGCUGCACUACCAGCAAUCUUCUGUGCCCUCCAUGGAGCUCACAUCACCUUGCAAGACUAUAAUGAAGAGGUUGUGAAUUUUGUGACCAUACCAAAUGUUGCACUGAACCUGUAUAACAAGACCUCAAGAAAUGCCAGUGCUAAAGAUGAACAUCUUACCGAGUCUUUAUCCUCCAAAGCCACAUUUUAUUCUGGGGACUGGGCUGCUGUUAACCAGCUAUUAUCAAGUCAAUGUGAAUAUGAGAACGAACAAACAGAAAAUAUUAGAAAGGAUGCAGAUGGUGAAGAAAGAAAAUUUGACUUAAUAUUAACCUCGGAAACCAUCUACAACCCCAGCUGUCACAAGAAGUUGUUGGAUCUUAUGACAGCACAUUUGAAGCAUGAUGGACUCAUAUUAUUAGCUGCCAAAACACAUUAUUUUGGUGUGGGUGGAGGAACACAACAGUUUGCAGAUCUUGUAAAGACUCAAGGUCAACUAGAUGUUCAUUUCAUCACCUCAAACAACUCAGGUGUUAAAAGGGAGAUAAUUCAGAUGAAGUUUAAGAACUGAACAACAAAAGACAGAAAUGAGUUCUUUUGUUCUUCAACAUAAUAUUAAACAGCAAGGUAUGUAAUUAUUUUACUAUCAUCCUUUAUGUCCACAUCCAUGAGCCCCAGAAAUUUAUGAUAUUUAGAGUACAUGUCUCCACGUAUAUCCCCUGCAUGCUGCAAAGCUUAUCAAAAGAGAUCAAAGAUGAGGGCAGGAAGUUACUCCCUAUAAAAUGUACAUCCCACCAAAUACAAAAUAUUGAAUAUGUCUAUUUUUUUUUUUUUUUUUUUUUUUUCUCAUUCUGUUGCUUUCAUUUAUUUCGUUCAUCACCAUCUCAAGGAUAAAACUUUUAGAGGAGGGAAAAACACGAUAUUACUACAACACUCACAAUAUAUACCAGAUGUAUAAUAUUUUCUGACAGACAAAUUUAUAUUCUUCUUUUAUAUGGACACUAACUUCUGCAAAACGUACAACACUUUCUAUUAACUUAUUUUGUAUGCUAAAGGAAGCGGGUCGAGGGAAGGUAAACUGUAUGACAAGUUUCGUAUUCAUACGAUCACAUCCUGGUAACACACAAAAGCUUUGAUGGGACCUUUGAUAAUUCUGAUGUGGGUCAAUUUCUACCAAUAGUACAAUUAAGUUCUGCUAUUUAUAUUACAGCUUAUUCUAGAAGGUCAAUAUAACUUGCUGUACAUACAAAUAAAUUCUUCCAAAUGUAUUAAACCUUUACCAAACAUAGCACAGUUUCUGCUAGACAUAUAAUAUCCUGCCAGACACACAACAGCUUGCUGAAUGCACAGCUGCAAUACUUGAUUUGUUAUGGAUUUAUUGGUUAAGAUGUUUAAUAUGUUAGUGUAUGAGUAGCUUUGGUUAAUGUUCACUCAGAUACCUUGUUAUUAAUUCUUACUCUUGUUUUAUCUUCUUUCUCAUUAUUGACAGUGUCUCCAUUUAUAAUUAUUAUCUAAUUUUGUUACAGAUGAGUAUGGAGUUAUGAUUUGAAUAAAGCAUUGAAUCAAGAA